AAACCCCCGCCUCCGCCUCCGCCUCCGCGCAGCACAGUCGGACUCUCGCCGCCGCAGCCGCCGCCGUUCCUCUCUCGGUCUCUGACUUCCGCCUCACGCCCCGGGCAGUCCAGAGCAGCCGCCCCCGUCCCCGCCCCCGCUCCUCUCUCUCUCGACUCUUCGCGGCUCGCCCGACUCCGUCUCCGCCGCCGGUCUCUGCCGUCGCGGCGCGUAAGGUCGCUCGUUCCUCCGAACUCCAGGCGAUGCGUUAGAAAUGGGUUCAAUUUCACACGGGGUUCGAAUCGGGAGCGAGAUGGCGGCGGUCGCUUCGGCCUCCAGUUGGAAACCGCAGGACGAUCUGCUGUUGAAAAAAGCUGUCGAGUCGGGCGCUUCUCUGGAAGCACUAGCUAAAGGAGCUGUACAGUUUUCCCAAAGGUUUACAGUUGGAGAAAUCAGAGAGCGGUGGCAUUCGCUUCUUUAUGAUCCUUCCAUUUCUGUGGAAGCUUCUGCUCGAAUGAUUGAGUGCGAAACUUCAGCUAAAAAAUCGGGGAGUUGUAAAGAAAAUUCAGAAACUUUAGGGAAAAGAAAAGCCGAGAGCAUUCGAAAAAUGUAUUAUGCUAUGCGGAAGAGGAUUUCCAGCCAUUCUGUAAAUUCUAUUUUCCCCGACGAACAUGAUGUGAAUGGAUACAUUUGCAAUGAAAGCUUUGGGCAUGAAAAUCACAUUCAAGGCCACUUUGGUGACCAGGACCCUAAUGCAAAUGUUUUGAAUCCUGGAUUGGUCAUGGAUCCUGUUGCUGCUAAAGAAAAUAGUGAACAAGGAGGGUACUUGAGAAAUGAUUACUGUAACAAGUUCGACGAAAAGGUCCCUGUAUUCCCAGUCGAGCAACUAGUGAGAAAGGAUGCUGAAAGUUCUGAUCGUCGUCAUGAAGAUACCCUAAGCAUGCAUGUGGAUAAUACUCAUCCAAAGGAUUGUGCUGUUAUUGAGGCCAUGGAGGAUUGUGCUCUUAUUGAUAUGGAGCCAGGUCUCACGCUUCCAGAUGCUGGUGCGUCCAAUCACUCGAUAGAACUCUCAUCUUCUCAUUCUAGGUUGCCUAUGUGGAAGACGAACGAAGAUGUGGCAGCACCUGCAAUAUUAAUGAAUGAUCUCGAUGUUCUCAAUGGGGAGAAAAUGGGUUUGCAAGAUCAUGACAACAGCUUUGAGAAAAUUAUGUCGGAUGAUAAUGCAGAUUUUUCCAGUAUAUGGAACGAGGUCCUGAUGAUGGAUGUUGAUGAGAAAGGUCCAACAGAUAAGGUUUGUAACGAGACUGCUAUAUCACCAGGGUGGGAUUGUGUGGACAGCAGUGAUAAGGAUGAUACAUCUCUUCCUUGUCAAACUCAAACACUGAAUUCAAACCUGGCUAGCAGUCAAGAUGCGAACUUCCCACCAAUGUCAGAUAUCCGAGUUGAUAAGUUAGACGUCGAUCAUGGAUACCAGCAUGGUAGUGGAGACAUUGAUAAGCUGUCAUCAACAGUGGCACCAGAUCCUCAUCUUCCUGGAGACAUUAGUGUGGAAUUUAUGGUAUGCACAUUGAAUAUGGAAGACCCAGAGAUUCCGUGCAAUGAUGAUUUUAUCCCAUCUACAUCGUAUCAUAGCCAUAAAGCACGCAGUGGCCUCUCUUUAUCAUCUACUAACCGAGGAAACAGAGAACAAGGACGAAGCUUCUUAAAGAAAGAAAAGAAUCACACACAAUCUUCUGAGCCCUGUCAGAUAAUGGGGCUGCAGGCAUCAUCAAAUUUCGGUCCAAAAUAUCCCCUUGUUAGUUCUGGGGUAAAAUGCGAAAUUGCAGGCAGUAACUAUCUUAAUUCUGUCUCCAGGCAGGCCCUCAGUGCCCAUUUAGACCAGAGUCCAUGCAUGACAGCAUCUGGACCCCUCCAUAUUAAUGGAGAAGUGAUGACCAAACUAGAGUCCUCUGAUAUAUGCAAUGCUAUGACUUUUCCUUUAGAUGCCGAAGCAGGACCUACAAGAGAUGAUUUUCAGGAACCACAAGGAAGUCCCUCUAUCGUGGAUCCAGAAGAGUCUGAAAGUGGAGAUGAUGUUCCUUGCUUUUCUGAUAUUGAAGCCAUGAUACUCGACAUGGAUUUAUGUCCCAACGACUGGGAUACCUAUGUUGGUAGAGAAGUUUCUAGGUACUUACAUGAGGACGCCAUGAGGGCAAUUGUUAGAUUGGAACAAUGUGUUCAAUCUUCUAUACGGAGAGCCAUUGCUUCUCGAGGUGCCCUUGCAGUAUUAUGUGGGCGCUACUUGAAGCAUUACAUUAGAAAACCUGAGGUCAUACUUGGCAGAUCAACUUACGACUUUGAUGUCGAUAUUGAUCUAGGAAGAGGAGGAGGGACGAACAAAAUAUCCCGACGACAGGCGUUGAUCAAGUUGGAAAAGGACGGUUCUUUUUCUUUGAAGAAUCUGGGCAGGUGCUCCAUGUUCUUGAACGGGAGAGAAGUUGCCAGCGGGCAGCGACUGGAUCUUAGCUCGGGCUGUUUGAUCGAGGUCAAAGGGAUAAGCUUUUUAUUCGAGAUGAACCCCGAAUCCGUCGGUCAGUACCUGGCAAAGUUGCAGCAGUAGAGAGCCAAGAGGGGGACAUCGAAUCCCGUCUGCUCAGCCUGGGCAACUCGAGCAAAUAAAUUUCGCGAACACAAAGCCUGUCCUACUACAUAUUGGGAUUUCUAUGACCACAUUACAAUUUAGAGCUUGUUUGUUUCAGUCAAGUCUAAGCAGAAAGUAGAGCUCUUUUUUUUUUUAACCUUCAAAAUUUCGAAUGUUAGUCAGCAUUUCGAAUGCUCGUGAAAAGAGAAAGAGAGUACAUGCGAAUUCACGUGUCGGCAUUUAUAUGAUACUGAGUUUAGAAAAAGCCGAAAGCGCGCGGCGCAAGAUUUAAGGUUAACCCGAGAGAGUCGGGGUUGUAAAUGUUUUGAACUAGAGACGCGUCGCUGGUCUCAGCUUCGUCGAUCAGCUGGGGAUAGGGUGUAUAGGUUUCACAAUUCUCUGUUCCAGCGUGCAAAGCAGAUUGCGUUC